UUGCUGAGAUCAUUAGAGCCUGAGUCACUCUCCCCAGAAGACCCAGACCUAGAACUACCCAGAGCAAAACCACAGCUGGUGGACAGUCCGGGAGUGGACAAAAUGGAGACAAAUUCCUCUCUCCCCACGAACAUCUCUGGAGGGCCACCUGCUAUAGCUGCUGGCUAUCUCUUCCUGGAUAUCUUCACUUAUCUGGUAUUUGCAGUCACCUUUGUCCUCGGGGUCCUGGGCAACGGGCUUGUGAUCUGGGUGGCUGGAUUCCGGAUGAGACACACAGUCACCACCAUCAGUUACCUGAACCUGGCUGUGGCUGACUUCUGUUUCACCUCCACUUUGCCGUUCUUAGUGGUCGUGAAGGUCAUGAGAGGACAUUGGCCUUUCGGUUGGUUCCUGUGCAAAUUCAUCUUUAGCAUAGUGGAUAUCAAUUUGUUUGGAAGUGUCUUCCUGAUCGCCCUCAUUGCUCUGGACCGCUGUAUUUGUGUCCUGCAUCCAGUCUGGACCCAGAACCACCGCACCGUGAGCCUGGCCAAGAAGGUGAUCAUCGGGCCCUGGGUGAUGGCUCUGCUCCUCACAUUGCCAGUUAUCAUUCGUGUGACUACAGUACCUGGUAAACUCGGGCCAGGGACAGUAGCCUGCACUUUUGACUUUUCACCCUGGACCAAUGACCCUGUGGAGAAGCUGAAGGUGACCAUUGCCAUGUUGACGGUGAGAGGCAUCAUCCGGUUCAUCAUUGGCUUCAGCGUGCCCAUGUCCAUCGUCGUUGUCAGUUAUGGGCUUAUUGCCACCAAGAUCCACAAGCAAGGCUUAAUUAAGUCCAGUCGUCCCUUGCGGGUCCUCUCCUUUGUCGUAGCUGCCUUUUUUCUCUGCUGGUUCCCAUAUCAGGUGGUGGCCUUCAUAGCCACAGUCAGACUCCAUAACAUAUUACAAGGCCUGUCCAAAGAACUUAGAAUUGCAGUGGAUGUGACAAGUGCCCUGGCCUUCUUCAACAGCUGCCUCAACCCGAUGCUCUAUGUCUUCAUGGGCCAGGACUUCCGGGAGAGGCUGAUCCACUCUCUGCCCACCAGUCUGGAGAGGGCCCUAACCGAGGACUCAGCCCAAACCAGUGACACAGCUACCAAUUCUACUUUACCUUCUGCAGAGGUGCAGUUACAGGCGAAGUGAGGAGGGAGCUGGGGACACUUUCGAGCUCCCAGCUCCAGCUUUGUCUCACCUUGGGUUAGGCUGAGCCACAGGCAUUUCCUGCUUAUUUUAGGGUUACCCACUCAUCAGAAAAAAAAGCCUUUAUGUCCCCUGAUUUCGGGAGAAUAAACAGAUAUGAGUUUA